AUGGACGACGACAACGUUCACACGCCGGAGGGUUCGACGGAAGAAUCUGAUUCGGAGGUUGAAGACGACGGUGACGUUGUGAAUUACAGUGCACAUUUUGUGACAGACACGGUUUUUCUAACGUUUGACGAUGUAGUUACAUGGGCGGAUGCUGUUGCAAUAAAUCUGGGAUUUAUUUUGGUGAAAUCGUCUUUCAACAAACAGAGGGAUGGUCGACCAGUUCGAUAUUUAAGAUGUGACCGGGGACGCAGGAGUAAGCCGAGAGAUCUUGAGAACGCAAUUCAGAAGGACACCAAAACCAAGGGCAUUGGUUGUCCUUUCUACAUCAAGAUAUGUUACGAGUUCGUCACCAAUACUUGGUUUAUCUGGGCGAAAGAUGAUGUAACUGGGACCUACAACCAUCCAAUGAUUGCGUAUCCAGAGGGUCAUCGUAAAAUUAGUGGGUUGAGCUCGAAUGCGAAGCAGGUUGUGCGUGACAUGACGAAGUCUAAGGUUGCACCGCGUAACAUCAUGGCGACUAUUGCGGAGCAAUUUCCUGAUGAUCAUCCAAACAUCAGACACAUGUACAACUGCCGGAAUGACUUCAGAGAGGAGAUGUCUGAUGGGAGAGGAGUUGUUCAGCAAUUUCUACAUUUGGCGAGACAGAGUCAGUAUGUUUACUGGGUCAUGUCCGAUGAUGAAGGCGUUUUACAGCACGCCUUUAUGGCGCAUCCAGUCAUGGUAGACAUCCUACGGACGUACCCCUAUGUGAUCGGUAUGGAUUCCACUUACAAGACUAACCGAUACGGGAUGCCGUUCUUUGAGAUAGUUAGCGUGACACCAACAAAUCAGAAUUUUCUCGUCGCUUACGUGUUCAUGCGCAACGAGAGCACGGCAAGCUAUCGAUGGGUUUUGCAGAGGUUGAGAGACGUGAUUGGGUAUAAUAAGGAGCCGUCGGUUUUCUUGACAGACCGUGAGCUUGGGCUAUGUGCUGCAUUGAGGGAAGUGUUUCCAGGAACCUCGCACUUACUUUGUCGAUGGCACAUUAACAAAGAUGUGGAGGCUCGGGUCACUGCUAUGUUCAAAAGCAAGAAAAUCGGUGCGUCUUUCAAAAACGGAAAAUGGAAACGUAUCAUGGACGCUGCAACCGAGGAAGAUUAUGAGGCCGCUGUAGAAAACAUGAAAGAUAAGUGGGCAAGUUCUUUAGAUACCGUAUGGGCUCGAGUUCAUAGCCACAUUGGUAAUCAAAUCAUCGCAAUUCGUAAUGGUUUGGAGGCUUCUAGGUCGAAGAUAGGUCAAAAGUACCGACAGUUGCCACUGUCACGUAUAAACGGGAAGGUGUCUCAGCAUUGUUUGAAGGUUCUCGAUGAGGAGACAAGGAGGAUGAGGGAGAUGAGUUAUCAAGUGCACGAACGAUGUGAAUGUGCAAUGCGUGUGACCCACGGGUUGCCCUGUGCAUGCCAGAUACAUGAUUCGCUAGCUGCUGGGACAGGAUUGUACAUAAGGCAAAUUCACCCAUUUUGGAGGACCUUGGUUAUUGGUUCUGGAGAUGGUGGGACGGUGCCUGGCAAUGACUCGACCGAGGAUGCCGCACAUUUUCGUUCUCUGAUGGAGGAGGUGUUUGAUAGUGAUCCUGCUGUUCUUCGAAACGUGUCUCGCAUCAUUGAAGAGGAGCUGCAUCCGGAUCAUUCCGAUCUCAGAGAGCCUGUUGUAAACCACCGGGUUUGUGGUCGACCAAGAAACAAUGAUACAAGACGUGAUCGUUCUUAUUUUGAACAUGUAAACCGCCAACACACUGAACGCGGCGCACGACAAACAGGAGAUGUAAACGACAUUAGCCAAAGCCGUUAUCGACACAUGCUUCCAGGGCCGAUGUUGCCUUACAUCACAGGAUGGAAGGAUGUCAUUGGCGAUGGGAACUGUGGGUUUCGUUGUGUGGCCGAGUUCUUCUUCGGUGAUCAAGGCCGAUGGUAUGACGCUCGAGAGACAAUAGCGAAUGAGGUCCUCGGUUAUCGAGCCCUAUAUGAGAGGAUUUAUGGGCUUGGAAGACUUGAGAUCAAUGUGCAGCGUAUUCGAUGGGACGGUGGGGCGGUUGAUUCCCGUCAUUGGAUGCGGUUAUUAUUCUUGGUGUAG